CAAGGGAAUGAGAAGAAGAAAAUCCAAAUCCAAUAUGGAUGACAAGUUUACUAACGACAUCAUGGAAGAAUGGGAAAUGGAUGAUGACAUGGCAUUCGUAGAUGAUGGGCGGAAGAAGGCGGCAAUGGGUGGAAAGAGGGGUUCCGGUAGUGGUGGGCCCACACAACCGGUUUGCCAGGUGGCAAAUUGCACAACCGAUAUGACAAGAUCCAAAGCGUAUCACCGGAGGCAUAAAGUAUGUGAGGUUCAUGCAAAGGCUCCAAUUGUUGUUAUCGGUGGACGUCAACAGCGAUUCUGUCAGCAAUGCAGCAGGUUUCAUGACUUAACGGAAUUUGAUGAUGCGAAAAGGAGUUGUCGCAGACGAUUGGCAGGACAUAAUGAACGAAGGCGUAAAAGCUCCUACGAAUCGUAUGGAGAAAGUUCCGGAUGAUAAAUCAAAAAAAUAAUAAAUUAAUUAUAAAAAAACACUCCAAGGAAGCAUAAUAAAUCACCAAUCUCGUUUCAAAUAAGAUAAUAACUAUAUUGAGUAACAGCUCUCUCUCUUCUGUCAGUCCUCCUUUGGACUAUGUUAACUAAUUAAGGGUAUUUAUGUCUUUAUCCACUAGAGCGUUAUGUAGUUCGGCGUUGUAUAAAUUCACUGGAUUGCUAAUAAAGUAAACAUGGUUUACAUGUUUUUAUUA